AUGGCUACCAAGACUGCUAACAUCGACUCUGUCCUUUCCAAAGAGGGCGCCGCUCCCCGGGACGAUUUCGGGUUCGCUCUCGAAUGCAUGAAGAGUCUCGAUGACAACCACAAUGUCGAUCUUACCAAGGUUGCCAAUGCUUUGAACUACACAAACGUUCAGUCUGUCGGUAAUAGAUACCGUGUCUUCCGCAAGAAGUACGGUAUUAACCUGAACUGCGUGACUGGUUCUGGCGUUGUCACCACCAAGGCCGGCGAUGGCGACGAGAUCGACAGUCCCAGCCCUGUCAAGACACCUAGGAAGCCUCGUGCUCGCAAGGGCGCGAAGGUCUCCUCUGAGCCUAUCCCGGCUACUGCUGAUGACAAUUCAAACGAUGCUGGCGAAGCUGUUGCCAAGCCGAAGACUCCGCGCCGCCGCAGGACGGUCAAGGAGACCGUCCAGGAUACAGAUGUGGACACCCUUCAGGCUGCUAUCGACGACGCGGUCGAGAAUGUCAAGAAGCGCAACAACACCAAGGUCGUCAAGAAGGAAUCUGAGGAUGAGACUACUGCGGACUCCGAGUAG